UCUUCAGUUAUUGGAAGUAUAAGAAUUUUGACUUCAAUUUUCUGUCCUUAUAAAAGAAGAAAGGCUAUAGAUAUGGAGGUUCGGUGCAAACCUGGAAAUAUAAGUAUUCCUAAAAGUUCUAUCUCUUCAGGAAGAAAAACUGUUGAGAAUGAAGAUUACCCACACUACUCUGAUCUCUUAAGAAAAAUGAAUAUGCCCUUUGUGAAAGGAUUUGAAGACAGACAUGACUAUGGCAGAUUUGAAAUGAAAUGUAAUCCUGCCUUUCUUAAAUUUCAUCUUUACCCCCCUUCUGUCCUGCCAAACUAUCACGUACAUUAUCCUUAUCCUCCACCUUAUGGGCCAGAUUAUCCAUUAUUUCCACUUCGGGAUGAUGUGCCUUUAGUUGAUCCCUGUUCAGGAUUUGUGAGUCCUGGUGGUGAUGCUGAUUUAAAGCCUGGCAUUGGCAGAACUAUACCAAACCUGGCAGAUUUCAGUGAUGUGAAACCUCAACAUCGAAUUCCUAGACCAGACCCUGAAUUUCCAACAACAGUAAAAAGGCAAACAAUUCUGUUUGAAGAACUGCAACAGAGUAGGAGGUGGAAUUCCAGGCAAGUACCAGACAUUUCCAUCAGAGCAAAACUUGGAGGUUGGACAAGCCCACUAAAAGUUACUCCUUUACAACCUCUUCAUGAAGGAUGCUCAAUAAAUCACACCUACACAUUUGAUGAGGAUGCAACAUGUACAGUAAGACUGUCUUACUAUAUGAACAGAGCUUAUGAAGCUGUUCCUUGGGACAAAAUGCUACCACCAAAACUAGAUCCAGAAAUAACAACAGUAGAGAAAGCGGCUGACCUCAUCUCACAGUGUUUUACACUGAAAAGAUAUGAAAGAGUACCAGCAAUAACCCAGAUGGUCGGUGGACUCUGGGACAGAUUUCAGACAAGAUCAUUCUUAGCACCAGUCAAACCAGUCAGUUUGGUUUCAUAUGAAGACACAUGGAUUUUCUUCUCUUUUCACUUUAACAGUGGUCAUGUGCAGACUACAAAUGCUGAUGAUGUGGACAACCCUUUUGGAGACACCAAAUCUUUAGCCAAGCCUCGGUGCUCUAGAAUCCUUUAUUCAACCACAAGUCAUGCUCCAAACAUCCCAGGAUAUACUGGCAAGGUUCAUUUCACAGCCACCCACCCAGCAAAUUCUAAUAUUUCAUCAACAACCCCAUCACCAGAUUCAGAACUGCAAGGCGUCUUACGGAAAGAAAUGAAAGUUGACCAAUUCUGUCAUCAGGCACCGCUUUCACGAAUGGUCACAACUGUGAAACCUUACAACCCCUUCAACAGAAUAGAAAAAAAAACGAUAGACCUCUGAAAGAAGCCACACCCUGAGAGAGAUUUCUAAGCCACUCAUCCUGGAAAGGCAUUGUGUAUUACAUGAUGGGAAAAUACAAGAGCCAGCCACGGUC